UCCUUUUUUUAUACAGGUCAAGGUUGCAGUAACAUAUGACCACGUGACACUGUCUUAUAAAUAUAGGAUUAUUCGGUCUGGUUUCAAAUAUUCUACUUUACAAAUCCUAACAAUGAGGUUGGUUUGUAUAUUAGCGAUAUGUAUAAGUUUUGCGCGUGCAGAUACCAUAUCAUCAAUCUUAACAGAUGGGGAGAACAAGACUUCAACAUCAUUGGAAAUCAAUGACCAGGAAUGGAACGAUUUGAGCAUCCUACGACAGAUGAUUAACCAAGAGACCGUCAUCCGCCUCGCUUUGGUCAAGAACGUCCAUGUACUUGUUAGCGACGUUAACCUAAUGAAGAAAAGUUUUGCGGCAAGUGAAACUACAAUAUCAGGAUUACAGCAGGCGGUUGACGCCUUGAACACUCUGGUAUACUCUCUUCAAAAGGAAAAUAGCGAACUUAAGAACAGUAGCAUAAUCAGCCAGACCAGAAUGAUGGAGUUUGAAACAAGACUGCAGACAUUAAACGAAAGUGUUACUUCUUUACAUGAUAAGAUAACCGUCGAUCAGAUGGAAUCAGACGAAAAAAGGCAAGAAAUGUUCAACAAAACUAACAGUGUCAUUGCCGAUAUCAAAAUAGAGCUAAGAUAUCUCUCGGUUACCUUGUUUGACUUCAAGGAACACGCGGAUGUGGAAACAGAGUCGAGAGAUAAAAGAUAUGAAAAACUUGAACAUCAUUUCAAUACCUCAGUUAAUGAUUUAAAAACUGAAUACUUUAAAACCAAGAGCGGGUUAAGUAAUAUCACAGCACAAAUUCAAAAUGUGGAAGAUUCUCAAACGGAGAUGAAAGGAGAACUUACAGAAGCCCUUAAUAGAACAGUCACCAAGUUUGAAACACAGUUUCAAACAUCAGAGUAUGAGCGUCGUAAACUUUCCUCCUCUGUGUCAUCUCUGGAAGUUGCCAAGAUGAACAUGUCUAAAUCAAGAUGUGAUUUAUCCAAAAGAAUAGGAUUUACUGCUACAGUAUCGUAUACCAGUACUUCCUGGAGCAGCGGUACUCUGGUAUUUGAUGUGGUCAUCACAAACGUCGGGAACGGAUACAACCCAAGUACCGGGGUAUUUACCGCUCCUACAGCGGGGGAAUAUGUCUUCUUCGUCAAUGUACAGAGUUACAGUACUAAAACCAUUUAUGUAGACGUCGUGCUAAACGGACUUCUUAAGGUCCGAACAAUGGCGUAUAAUAGAGGUGAUGAGGCUUACGAAGCAGGACCUAACCUGGCAGUGUUGACUGUACAGAAAGAAGACAAAGUGUGGAUCAAAAAUUACUCUGGCACAGGUUUUUAUAUUGACGGUCCUAUAACCACGUUUUCAGGAUUUCUUCUCUAAUUAAAGUGAUCAUUAAAUAACUGAGUUGGAUAAAGAAUUGCCUCACCGAUUAUUGGGAUCUUCAACUAAUUUGUGAUACAUGUGCGAGUAAUACGUAUAAUGUUAAAUCUGGUGAUUAAAAACUACUUUAAUUCAACCAUGAUUUGAUUUUUAAAAGGAGAUU